UGAUGAUGUGUUUGAAAAGAAGAUCAAAGGAUGACGUUCAUGUGAGGAUGAGUGUGUAAUGUGUGUAUAUAUAUAUAUAAUCGGAGCUUUUAUUACAGAAGAUAUGGUUGUGUCUUAUGUGUGUAUAAAUCGUGUGGGGGCAGUAAGGAAGGAAGAUGAAGAGAGCAGAGUCAUUUUACCAUUUCAACCUUUCAUUUUCGCUUUAUUUACCGUAUUGGUUUACUUCUUCUGUGUACAUAUAUUUUAAUUAAAAAAAGAACAAACAUUCUAGUUGCUGUAAUUUAUUUAAUAAAAAUUGUUAUAAUACUUAUCCACCUCAACAAGAAAGAGAUAAGAAAGAAUUUAUUGACAAAAUAAAAGUCUCGGUGUACUACUACUACUACUUCCCCUACCUUAAUGGCCUUCCUCAAAUUCAACAUUGAAUUAUUCAGCAUUUGUUCUUUUUCCCACUAUUUCGAUAUUGUAAUAUUCUAUAAAAGGUUAAGCUAAUAAUAUACUAUAUGACCUCGAAAUAUGAUAAACAUAUAUAUGGUUGCCAUCAAUUUGGUCGUAUUUUUCAUGAAUAUUAAAGUAUCUACAUGAAUUUAAAAAUCAUGAAUCAUAGAAUAUGCCUGUUCUAAUUUUAGAAUAUAUUAAUAAGAAAGUUAAAGAAUAAAAUUGGUUUAAACGUUAAUCCAACAACUUAAUGUAGGUUAUGGGCUGGUAUAAGAAAAAAGUAGGUAAGAAGGGCAAUUCGGGAACUGUGCUUUUUAGCUCAGAACCGGUCGUUAGUCGUUAUUACCGGAUUUAGUUACCGGCGACACGUGUAUAUUAAGCCCAAUCAGGCCAUCACAAGCGCCUAAUACAUAAGUCAACACUUGCCGAUACCAUACUAAAAAAAAACGCUGACCAAAAUCGUACUUAAAAAGGUAAAUGUGUUUAUGAGGUGAUGUAAAAAAAAUGUGUAUGUUCAGUUCAGGUUUCAGACUGAAAUUCAUUUGGUUCGGUUUAGGUUCUUAGAAAUGAGACAAAAUGAAGAGACCGAUUUGGUUCGGUUCAGGAUUUUAAAAGGAGAUAAACCGAAUCGAAACCAAAUAAAAUUUGGGUUAGUUCUUCACAAUUUCGGUUUCAGGGUUUGUCGGUUAAAAGGUUAGGCUCACAUUAUUUCGGUUAAAAUGCUUAUGAUUUAGUUGGGCUAAAGAUACUUGGGCCUCGCUAAGAAACCCAUUUAAAUGGCCCAAUUGAGUAUCUUAUUUAAGCCUAGGGUUUAUCAUCUGCAGAUUCUAUAUAUAUAUAUACACACUUGCCGCGGGAAUCGCUUCUCGCCGGAGAGUUUCGUAUCGCCAGAACCAUCCCGUCGCUUGAUUCUCGAUUCGGCGGAGAGAAACCCUAAUUUCCCUUUUACUGUUGAACUGAAUCGAAGAUAAGGCAAUGGUGAAAAGCGAAGUGAAGACCGAGAAGCUUGAUGACGACAUCACAAUCAAAGACAAUAAGCACCGUCGCCGCGUGGUUAGCUCCGCCGAGGCCAUAGAUAGAAAGUUCAAGAGAACCGUCCUCUGCGUGGCGAAACCAUCUUACCUUCUGAGUCUGCUUGAGCGAAGUAGUACCCGAUGCAACUACCUCAAACGGUUGCCGAAGAUCCUUAGUGAGCUGCUUCGCCAGAGAAAGUGGAGAGAAGCUAGCGGUGUACUUAGCGUCUUGAUGCAAGGGACUAUGAGAGAUGGUUCUCCUUCCAUGAACCGCCUCAAAUACGAGGCUCAAAUACAGAUUGUGAGUCACUUGCAACCUGACAAGAACAAUGUUGAGGAGAUUGAAAGAAUAUAUGAUACUUGGAUCGGGAAGAUUGGUAAACAGCAUAAAGAGGAGAGGCUCUUGGUUUGGUUCGAACAAAUUUGUCAUUUACUCGAGCAUGGCAUGGAGAAGGAGGCCGAGUAUGCCGCAAUAGGCAUGAUGCGCAGCCGUGAUUUGGGAAACCUUCCACGGACCAAUCUAUAUAUAGGAAUCACAUGCUACAGACUGUGGUGUCGUAAAUACUCGGAGGAGCUGGAGCCUAAAGACGCAGACUGCAGUGACAGCAUAUCUAACAUGUCUCAGUCAGGAUCUGGUGUUAUGGCCGAGUGUUCACCCAGGAACGAGUCUGUUUACUCUGUGGAGUCUUCGGGUUCUGUUAGAAACGUGUCAGAGGCUUCUGUCGGGAAUUGCGAAGUAAAUUCUGAUGCCUCGACGCGUGACUCAGGGUCAGUGGUGGAGGUGAAGGUAAAACUGGAGAAUGUUAAAGUGGAGGAGAGUUGUCAGCAUUUUACUGAACCACCACGAAUCUAUGCCUCGUCUGAAGAAAACGAAGAGCCUUUGAGAGAUGGAGUUUCAUUUGAUCCCGCUCUUGUUCAAAUUCUUGGGGAGAUGGAUCCAUGGUUGCUUCCUUUGAAACCACCAGAAGAUCCUGAUUGCCAUGGAAAGAUAGUCAGUGAUUCUUUUUAUAAGGACGCUGUGUCAUAUCUGCGGCUUACUAUGCAGUCCCCUCGUUAUGUAUCUUUGGCUGCAUUACAUCCUCUUGUACAGCUUCUCUUAAUUGGAGGCCGUGUAGAUGAAGCUAUGAAAUUGGUUGAGGAGAUGUGUAACAAAGUACAUGACAUCAAACCUUUCAGGAUUAGAGCUGCUAUGAAGGAGAAGUUUCAUAAUAACAGCGACGAGCUCGCAAAAUGCUACGAAGAUGUCUUAAAGAUUGAUCCUAGUUGUGUAACCACCUUAAAGAAGCUUAUUGAAAUGUCAAAAGAAGACGGGUAUAGUAGAGAGUCGCUAAUAGAAAUGAUAGCAUUGCAUGUAGAAGCUUCUUUCCCUGAGCCCCAAAUUUGGAAAGAGUUUGCAGAGAUGUUGAUUCUCUUCUUUGAGAAUGUUGAUGAAGAUCGAAUGUCUGUAUGCCUCAACAGAGAUGGAGAAGAAGGGUGUCAACAAACAUACUCUGUUCGAUACAACCGGACACCUAGAAUGUUCACCGGUACUUCAUGGACGCGUAGAGCUAAGUGGUGGCUAAAUCGCCAUUUCUCCCCGGAGAUACUCGAGACAGAAAUGAAAAAGCUCGAGGCAGAACAGAUAAAUGGAGAUUUGGAGAUGUUGAGAUUGAUGAGUUUCAAAGCGGCAUGUGCAAGUCGUCUCUACGGACCAGAGUUUGGUUAUGUUACAACAGUUUAUGGUCUGCUGGAGAGCUGUAGAAACAACAUACAAAACAUGUGUGUGCUUGAGAAUAAUAGUAACAACAUAGGUAUGUUGGAGAAUGGUAGAAACAGUUUAGAAUUAUUCAACUUUGUGCGAAGACACAGACAGAAUUGGAACAGGAUAUACAACUUACAAUAGUUUACACACGGUACAUUCUUGGUUUACUAAAUAUUUACUGUAUUUUUUUUGUUGUAAGAUUCACUUUGAUGUAAGAAUACGGACCUACUAAAAUGUUUACACAGAUUUUAAAUUUGAAUUUUCUUUUCUUCA